GCAUUUUCACUUAAAGUCUCCUUCAAAACCUUAUUCUCCACGGAAGAAUACACCACUAUUCCAUGGUUGCCGACGAAACUUCGCCGUUUGAGACCAGCGAGAUGCUGGCAACGCUCCUAGCGUCGACGCCACUGUUGUCGGAGUCGUGGAGGCUGUGCACCACCGUGGCCACAACCGCGCCGUUGAGCUUCAUGACGGAGCGAAGUGGCGGUGGCGUCGUGUAUGUUGCUUUUCCCGGCGCGCAAAUGGCGGGUGGGUCCUAUUCUAACUGGAGCAACUUGGUGCCAUUGAAUAGUAUCGGCGACGUGCCACUGUUCUCGUCGCAUCGCUACAAAGAAGGCGAUGAGCCUGUGAUGGUGCAUGCUGCGAUGCUAAAUCUCUUUUCGUCCAUUUUCAAGCCAUUCCAAAACCAGAUGUUGGCAAUGAUAGGAAACACCAACACCAAAUCAUUUGUUAUAACAGGCCACUCCAUUGGAGGAGCCACUGCCUCUCUAUGUGCUCUUUGGCUUUUGUCUUACCUCCAACACAUAUCUUCCUCUGUGUCAGUCUUGUGCAUCACUUUUGGUUCACCAUUGCUAGGGAAUGUCUCUUUUGCUCAUGCCAUUCUCAACCAAAGAUGGGGUGGUAACUUUUGUCACUUAGUUUCAAAGCAUGACAUAAUGCCGAGACUUCUCCUUGCUCCUAUAACGCCUUACAGUGCUCAGCUAAAUUUUCUUCUUCAGUUUUGGCAAUUUUCCAUGACUGCUCCAAGCUUUGGAAAGCUUGCAGUUCAAGUUUCUGAUAAACAGAAGGAGGAUUUGUUCAACUUUCUAAAGAAUUACCUGCACGCUGCCACACUCGAUGAAGGGUCUGCACCAAUUAUGUUUCACCCUUUUGGGAGCUACUUUUUUGUUUCUGAAGAAGGAGCAGUGUGUGUAGAUAGUUCAACAGCUGUUAUAAAGAUGAUGCAUUUGAUGUUUGCAUCAGGUUCUCCUGCUUGUAGUAUUGAGGACCAUCUAAAGUAUGGAGAUUAUAUUAAGAAAUUGUCUUUGCAAUUCUUGAGCCAGAAAAAUUCCAUGGAGGGGAACAUUCCUGAUUCAAGCUAUGAAGCAGGACUUGAAUUGGCAAUUCGGUCUUUAGGUUUAGCAAACCAGGUAUCAGCUAUAGAACCUGCCAAGAAGUGCCUUGAGAUGAUAAGGAGAAAGGGUCCUUCACCAACCAUGAAUGCUGCUAUCCUACCAAUUACAUUAUCAAAGGUUGUACCCUAUAGGGCCGAAAUAGAAUGGUACAAAGCUUGGUGUGAUCAGCAAAUUGAUCAACUGGGAUACUAUGACUUGUUCAAGAGGAGAAGGAGCACUACAAAAAUGGCCAUGAAAGUCAACAUGAAUCGUCACAUACUUGCCAGAUUUUGGAAAAAUGUAAUUGAAAUGUGGGAGAGAAAUGAGCUGCCUCAUGAUCUUGCUGUGAGAGAUAAAUGGGUCAAUGCUUCACAUUCCUAUAAACUCCUAGUUGAGCCAUUAGAUAUUGCGGAAUAUUAUGGGAAGGGGAUGCACAUAACCAAAGGCCAUUACAUACAGCAUGGAAGAGAGAGGAGAUAUGAGAUUUUUGAUAGGUGGUGGAAGGAUAGAGUGGACACAGCAGAAGAAAACAAUGGGAGGAGCCAGUUUGCUAGUUUGACCCAAGAUUCAUGCUUUUGGGCAAGGGUGGAGGAAGCAAGGGACUGGUUGAAUAGGGUUAGAAGUGGGAAUGACACAAGCAAGCUGGUUGUGUUGUGGGAUAACAUAGAGAAAUUUGAGAAGUAUGCUAUGGAACUUAUUGAUAAUAAGGAGGUGUCACUAGAUGUUCUUGCUAAGAACUCAAGUUACAGUAUAUGGGUGGAAGAUUUAAGAGUACUGAGAGAACUCAGAGCAAAGGUGAAGACGUUUCCUCACAACUUUAACACAUUUCUGGAUGAAGUGUUUCCUUAAUAACUUCAAAUAAAAUCAAUAAAUAAGCUCAACUGUGUAAUAUGUCUAUGCACUGGUGGUCUGUAAAAUAACUUGUUUGCUUAUGACUUUGUUGAAUCAGUAUGUUACUUAAGUAAGUACUAGAAGGAUG